GGCUUUUCGCAUUCUUUGCCAUCGCCAUCCUCCGCUCUUCAUCACCGCCAGCACGUGCCAUUGCGAGAUGCACGCUGCGUCUCGUCCCUGAAGAGUCUCUUCCCCAGCGUCGCGGGCCGCCUUACCGCUGCUGGACCCGUUGCCAUCACCGCCAAGUCCUUCAACUCCAUCGCAGCUCGAUCCGCUGUCGGCCAGACGCCCAAACCCGUCACCGCGGCUCAAACGCCCAACGACCACUGAGAUUGGUUAAUUUUUCUCUGUAUUUUUUAUUCUAACCGCGUUUCUCAUCUACUGCGCACUUGCCCGUCGUCGCUUCCCUCCACCAGCCUUGCCUGCCACGGCCAGACUUGGAUCUUGCUAUCCAGCAGAGCUGCAACAAUGCCGACUCCAUCCUCCAAUCCGCCUCCUGAUCAAUCCUCGCCGCCCCCCUACAGCUUCUCAACAUGUCCUGAAGACCAGCUACAUCCCUCGCGAUCUGCGCGUCCGACACAAGACGCCACGCGACCGACGCCAGACACAGAAGCCGCCCAGAGCUCGUCGACCAGCAUUGCCUCUCCUACGGCCCAUUCGUCCGAGACUUCUCAUGACGACGUUGCAACAGAAGAGUCGGCGUUAAUAGACGGCCAAGCAUCUGCUGCAGCUUCGCCCAUGGAUACCUCAGCGUCUCUGCGACCGCUGUCUAGCGGGACGCUUGCGACCUCUCCCACGUCGAGUGAACGAGAUGAUGACCUCAAGCACACGGGAGGCGACUCCGGCGGUCGCUUAAGCCGAGAAUCAUCCACGCUGUCGGGAACUCUGCAAGUCGAGAACUCGGAGUCGUACCAGCGUGAGCCCGACGCAUUGGAAUGGCUCGAGCAGGAAGAUGAAUACGACGCUCCGCCCAUGCCAUCUGAUUGCACAUAUAUAAGGAAUAUCCCCGUCUCUGCGUCAUCGUUCCUCCGACCUGGGAGCAAGUUCCGCGGCACACAGCAAUCCGAAAGGCAGGUCUACGACGUCCAGGUCGAGAUCAAGCAUGUUGACCUGCGCGAGUCCUUCCUCUGCGGCUACUUGCGCAUCCAAGGACUGACCGAGGACCACCCAACACUGACCACCUAUUUCGAGGGAGAAAUCAUUGGCACAAAGUACAACUUCUACACCAAGCAUGACGACUGGGGCGCAAACUACAAAGUGGACAUAAGCCACUGGUCCAAAUUUAGCGCUUUCCGGCCAUACCAGAAGAUAGCCCGCAAGGGUCCCAUCACCAUCACGGACCUGGCACAAAGAGAUCACAUUUUCAUGCGAUGGAAGGAGCACUUUUUAGUUCCAGACCACCGAGUUCGAACAAUAAUCGGGGCUUCCUUUGAAGGCUUCUAUUACAUCUGUUUCAACCAAGUCAAGGGAGAAAUAAGUGGAAUCUAUUUUCACUCCAAGAGCGAAAAGUUCCAACAGCUGGAGUUGAAGCACGUCCCUGACCGGGGAUGUUUCAGUGCCAUGGAGUUUCGAUAAUCACCUAAGCGAUGAUAUUUUUUUUUUAUGUGUCGACUAAUAAUGGAACGAUAUGUGGUAUAUCAUUGAGGGAACUUUCUUUCCUUUUUCUCUCUCUUUUCCUUUUGUUCGUUAUUCUACUCUCAAUUUUUCUCUCUUUUUGUUUCUUCCAAGAGGAUCAAUCAUGGAAGGUGUUUAUCGGGAUAUACAUAGCAUGCGUGCAAGGAGCCUGGCUGUUUAGUAUAGGUUAUGUCGGGAUGCACUGCAGGGAAUUAAACUGAAUGAAUAUUUGGCUGGCACGAGGAAGUGUGUUAGCUAUGAACGCGAUGAAUAUG